AUGCAAAGCCAGCGAAUCGAUGAAUAUAUUUUGAAUUGUGUCAAAUGGAAGGGAGAAACCAAGUUGUGUAAAAAUAAGAAAGUUGGAACUUGUCAAAAUGAUGUGAUACAACGUGGUAAGAGUUGUGUUGGAAAUACAUCAAUAAGAAGUAAUCAAUGUAAAAAUAAUUGUAAAUGUAUCUUAGUGAAAUGUUCACCAAGAGUUCGUGGAAUAAUUGGUGAAAUGGGUUUAAUUGUAAUCAAACCAAAUAUUAUCUUCAAGUCUUUCAUAAAUGAAAGACCAAUAGUAUUGAAAUGA